GUAAAUUUUAGAAGGAGAAGAAGAAGAAUGACAAUCCCGGAAGUGGUCACAGAUUGGUUUGUUGUUCGGCGGACUUCGUCAACUGUUUUUUGAGCUUUCGCUGGACCAACACAGACAAUGCCUGAAGUCAAAUCAAUGUUUCGAGAAGUUUUGCCCAAACAAGGUCAGUUGUCCAUGGAGGAUGUGCCAACUAUGGUGCUGUGUAAGCCCAAGCUGCUGCCUCUCAAAUCAGUUACCCUUGAGAAACUGGAGAAGAUGCAGCUGGAUGCCCAGGAAGCAAUCAAGCAACAGGAACUGGCACGGAAAGACCGAGAGCCACAGUAGAUACCAAUGGUGGACAGCAGUUCAAGGAGGGUUAGGUUCAGUGAACUCUAAAAUAGGUCAAUAGUCACUACAGUUUCAGUAGAACGCAUAAUGGGCAGCAGGAGCAGCUACAGUCAAAUGUACAGUCUGCAGGGCUGCAGCUCAUGGAGUCAUAGCCACUGUAGACACAAAAUGGACGACAGCCAGAAUCGUUUAAGCAGACACAUUUAAGGCCAGAAGUUAACACAAACAACCUUUGCAACUUCUCUGUCGCCAACUAUGCUAUGGCAUCAAGGUCUCAACAUAUUCUAUAGGUUUAUGAAAAUGUGUACUAGCUGUGAAUAUUGUAAAUGUUUAAUUUCUGAGAGGUUGAAUUAAGAGUAUGUAAUGUAAUGUUUCCUUUUGAUGUUGUGAAUAAAUUCUUCAAACCUUU